CAAAUAGUAUUUAAUAAAUAUAUUUUAUCUUGAUAUUCAUGCUGCUUUGAAUAUCCCACCAGUUGUCUAAAUAUAGCUUGCAGAUCAGCAGAUACGCUCCAUAAUGAGACACAGGAAUUCAACACAAAUAUCUAAAACCGCCUUUCUAAAUUUAGAUUUAAGGUGUGAAAAUUUCAUGUGUAGUAUCAGUUCACAAUUUGCAAUAGUAUUUUGUCAAAUUUUAUUAAAGUAACCAUAAACUAUGUAAUGUGUUACUAAACUUUAUUCUGAAUUGCCGAGCCUACAGUUGAAGCAUAUAACCCUAAUCAUUUUGAUGAGAUUCUAAUGCCAGAUUUAAAUACCCAAUCGCAUUGUUUAUGUCACAAUUUUAUGAUAAUUAUAACUCUUGGUUAACUGUACUGUGAAAGUCGAAGAAUGUUUAAGAUAAACGACAUCACGUAGUUACAAAAGCAAAAAUAUAUUAUGCUUUGUCUGGCAAAAAUAUAUAUAUAAUAAUUGGAAAAGUACACAAGAUUCUACAGUCAAACGCAAAAUGUGUGCACGACUUCUGGCCUGUCCAUUAUGUUCUCAACCUGGAUUCUUAACAGUUGAUGCAUUACGAGCUGGACUUGUAAGUGUAGCAACUCGACCUCUUAUUUGCCCAGUUUGUAACGAAGUACUGUUAGGUAUAGAUAAAUUAACUAUACACUUGUUUGGUCAUACAAUUAAUUUGGAGAAUAAUACAGCCGAGUCACCUAAACGGAUGGAUAUCGUUGUUCCCAGUGAACAUUUAAUUGCAAUUCAUAACGCACACAACAUUGCUUUGCAAAACUGGAAUGCACUGAAAACGCAGCAGUUAGAUAAGGUACAAGCUUCGAACACGAUAGAAUCCGGCGACGAUAGGAUUUGCAUAAAAUCAUCAGAGCCUGGUGUAUCAAUUGCAGAGAACAAAAUCUCUAUCAUAAAUUCACAGUCUCAAGCACCGAGUCAAAACUUAUUUGCGAGGAAUGCAAAUCAACGCAGUUUCAUAUCAGAUGAUAAUUAUGAUCUGAUAAAGGUAAAUAUUCUCCCACAGCCCAAUGAAAAUCACAAUAUUGCGUUAAAAUCAGCUGUAAAUGCGCAACAAGGGAUAUUAAGAACAGCUGAUGCAACACAGCAGUUUUGUAACGACAAUGUUAAACACUUAAAUGUAUCACAAGAAAAUACACAGGCAGAGAAAGCAAUGACAUCCAAUUUGUUUGCUGCAAUAAAAAUGACAGGAACUGUGGACAGCAACAUUUAUCAAAAUAUUGAAAGAGAAUGUAUAGAAUCAAAUAAUAAUCAAUGUGUUGCAAAGGAAAAUUUAACGAUAAAUUUAGCUGAUAAGGGAGAUGACUUCACAAAUUUUCAAUCAAUUCAGAAUACGUUGCUAGCUUGUACAGAUGCAUCUCCAGAAGAAUGCAAUGAUAAGCAAAGCUUAUUUAAUAGAAAGAAGACUAUGCUUGAAACGAAUAAUGAUAAUCAAGAAGACAAUUUAGAACACAAAAAGAUAUUACCUCACAUACAAACAUCUGCAUUUUCUGGGACAGUGGCAUCAAAAGAAAAAGUGGAAAGGUGUAACAUAUGCGGCUUUCAUUUUUCUGAUGCUAACAUUUUAGCUUUGCACAAGCAACUAGUUCACGAGCAAGACUCCAUCAAUAUUCCAAGCAAAAUCCUUAAGAAUUAUUCAUGUCAUUUGUGCUCUAAGGUAUUUAAAAUGAGAGGCAGCUUAAUGGUACACAUGAGAGUUGCACAUGUUGGUCGCAAUUUAGGUUCUUUACCUAAAGAUCAAACUGAGCUUACAUGCAAUGAUGAUGGAUACAAUUGUCCCACUUGUGGAAAGAAAUUCAAAAAAGAGCAACAUGUGAUACAACACUUAAAAACCCACGAGGGCAAACAAUGGGAAUGUGAUAUCUGCAGUAAAAUGUUUACGACAAAAUAUUUUUUAAAAAAGCACAAGCGAUUACAUUCAGGAGAGAUGCCGUAUAAAUGUAAAAUAUGUGACAAAAGUUUUACCUUUCAGCAAUCGUAUCACAAACAUAGACUCUAUCAUAAAGAUGAUAAACCUCACACUUGUACAACUUGUGGUAGAUCAUUCAAGGAACUUUCUACAUUACACAAUCAUGAAAGAAUACACACUGGAGAGAAGCCGUUUGCUUGCGAAACUUGUGGAAAAUGUUUUCGUCAGCGUGUUUCGUAUUUAGUCCAUCGUCGAAUUCACACGGGAGUGAUGCCUUAUAAAUGCACAAUGUGUGGCAAAAGCUUUCGGUAUAAGGUAAGCCAAAGAACUCAUAAAUGUCCCACACAAACAUCAGGAAAUACUCAGCAAUUAUGCAACGAUGCAAUUGCACAAGGAACUGAUAAUACAAUAGUCAAGCCAGAGGUGACCAAUACUCUGCAAGAUAGUCAAUCCUGCGUGAAUGCUCUCGGCAAUGAGGACGAUAAAUUCAUACUGAUGAUAAAUGAUGAGGGACAACAUGUUUUAGCACUGCACUCAGACAUAAACGACAUGUCUUCCUUUAAGAAAAAAGAACAAAACCUUUUUGAAAAUACCAAAACAAAAAACGCAAAAGAUAAGACAUGGGAUACUAACAAUCUUAAUUCUAUAGACUUUGAGGAAUCUGCAGGAUCAGUAAACAAGUCAAAUAACGAGAAGUUGGACAUGAAAACCACAAAUGAUUUCUUUUCAAUGGUGAUAUCGCCUUUUGAAAACAGUGUAUCCUCUCCUACUUUCGAAAUGGAACACUUGAGAGUGUCCUCACCUAAACAGAGGGAAGAUUCUAUAGAUUCUUAUACCGCUGACUUCUCACUUCAAGCUUCUGAUAAUGCACGAGUGAACACAGUAAAAUCGACUGUAGAACAAAAUUUUAGUCAUGAUAAAGAUAUUAACGAUCCUUUGCAGACUAUAAAUGAAGAAUCGUUAAAGGAAUUAUUGUAUGGCAUGGAUAGAAAAUGAAGCAAAUUAAUAAGUGUUGUAACAGUACAAACUAACAUUAAUGAUUAUUAACAUAUAUUGUUUAUCAAUAUUAGACAAAUAUAUAACAGAGUUAUCUAUUUCAUAAAUAUGAAACUUAUGUGACGAGACUAUUAUAUUUAUGUCAAUUAUAUAGAUGAAGCAAUAUAAUCAACUAUAUCAUGUGUAAAUAUUUCUACUAAUAUAAAAGUCUAAUAAGAG